AUGAAAAGGACAUCGCUCGGCCUUUACAGGACGAAUAUCCCAGUGUGGUAUUUCUUUUACGGCACCCUCGGCGAUCCAGAAGUCCUCAAACACCAUCUCAACUUGGACACCGAAGCCUCUCUCAUCCCGGCUCAUGUCGAGGGGGGUGAUGUUCGACUCUGGGCAGGAAAAUACAAAGCCCUGGUGGAUUCGCCAGGAUCAGCCAAGGUGUUUGAAAGCGGGUUUCUCGUCCAGUCCCGAGAAGAGGACGCGUUGAGAUUUUACGAGACGGACAAGUAUGAAGCUGUGCGAUGCCGCAUUUUCACGGACGAUGGGAUUUUCAGAGGGCUGACCUUUCGGUUUGAUGGGGUACCGGAGGAUCUAGCAUAG